AUGUCUCGCUCCAAGAAAACUGUAGCUUUAAGGGCUGCCUCCAAGUCUGGGGCACCACAGCCCGAAAUCAAAGCGGAUAAAAUCCACCGGUUUCCCGUGAUCGUGAGUAGCCCUACUGAAUCAAUAGCACCCGAGAUGAACCCAACCAACUCUUAUGGUAUAAUAGGAGCAAAGCCUGGAGUUAAUGAAGAUAACACUACAUAUGACCACUGCAUCGCUCUUAUGUAUGCGGAUACAGUGGAUUAUUGCCCAUACAUGCCUUCGGCGAGCGAAUUCUGCCAGCAAACCGCUUCCAUGAGCGCUACAACUAUGCCAUUUUCCGAUCGGCUUCUCGACCUUCUAGAAAAUGGCGUCUUUGAUGCUUUCCUAAGAGGCGUGCUACAUGCCGUCCAAUUUACUGUUAUUGCAGACAAAGCCUCGCCAAACAAGAUUCUGGAAUCUUACACCUUCACCUUCGACAACUUCGGUGAGCGCAGCACUGCAGAUCGCCUAACCAAUGGCCCGAGGAUGGAUUUUGUCAGCCCCCAUGAGGAUCGAGCGAGCAUGCGUAAUAUGAUUUUUGAAGGGAAGGCCCUUAUCCGACGGUUGAGAACUAUGUGUGCUGAAAGCCCGCCAUUGCCUAACGAGCGCAGCCUAGGAAUACAUGACAACACAAUUGAAUAUUCGCGGACUUUGUACUGGGAGAGGACUAGGCGCUUUUACGGAAGCGUCGACAGCGGUUUCCACACGCUCGGAUUACGAGUGAGUUCUCUUCGUUCUACCUCGCCCGGUGGCGAGGCCUAUUUCCCUUCUGCGGAGGAAGCGAACGACGAUAUAGUGAUCCGUUCUGGCGAUGUCGGAAUCCCCACGCCUGCUCAAAUGCCGUUGGAUGUAGUCGGAGAGAUAUAUGUCUCCACCGAUGAAAGCACUGCUGGUGACGGCGAUGAGAAUAAAGUGGAGGACAGAAUCUUCUUCAACGAAGAAGACUUGGAAAAUUAUCAGUCUUGGGUGCAUAAAAAGGCCCAGUUAAUGGCUGAGGCCGUCAAAGCUGAUUCAGAUGACUCUUCAGAAACCAAAUUUGUCGCAAAACUACCUCGCCCUGAACGCUCAAGAAAAUCUAGCAUACCUUUGAAUUGGCCAGAGGAGGAAGCAAAUUUUCCUGUUAGCCGAGAUAGUGUUCAUUCUUCUCAGGCUCGUAGAAAGUCUCGAGAAGACUUUUCCCCGGAGAACUACAUACGUCGUUUGCAGACUGCGGGGUCGAAACCCACCGUCAAAGCGAGAACAGUAGCAUAUGUCGAGAACCGCCACGGUGUCACCGAGAAGCUGGACAAGGAGAAAAAGGACAAAAUAGAGAAUCUGCCCGGGCCAAGUGACAGCAUGACCCAGUAUGGACACAGGGAUCAGCGUCACUAUCGGUGUGAGUGCAACACUUGGAACUUCAAGCCCAGGAAGUCUAUACAAUGUGCCAAUUGCAAAGAUUGGCAGCACACCCUGUGCUACGGCUAUUAUUCUGCCAGGGAUGAACGAAUUCCAGAUAUACAUUACUGCUAUAGUUGCUUGAUCGGAUACGACUUUGACAGCGAUCUGAUGGAAGAAUUGAUUAAGCUUAUCCGAACGCGCAGAAUAAUCUACUUUGUCGUUACUGUCGGAAGACCACCAACUUUGAAUUGGCAAGUGGCCGGAGAACUUAAUCGUAGCGAUGACGAGGCUCAUGUAGCAGUCCACAGCAUCCGGAAACUUGGCAUCAUGAGAUCAGAGGAGAGUAAGAAGUUAGAGCACUACCAUAAGAUAGGAAGCAGCAAAUUCUUGCUCAACAAGACAAUCCCGGCCUGCAACACCAUCUGCAGCGAAAUCUUGGACCCGAUGUUGCUCAUUGAAGAGUAUUACGAUAUACCCCCUCCUAUCUCCCCGCCAAUGGUUCGAUCGCAUUGGUCCAAGUCUGGUGUACCUUUAUUUGGUAUUCUGAGUGAGUCUGUGGGUAUUUUUUUUGAGGGGCAGACCUCAAACAGCGUGUCAAAGCGGUUGCUGGAUUCGAAAGAUGAGGAAUUCGGAGAUGUCGUUUAUACUCGGGAGGCCAAGAAGAUGAAGCUUAAAUAG